GGAGGAAGGGCGGGUGCCGUGGAGCGUCUCUACAAGCAGGAAGAAGGAAACAUGGUGCGCUGACACAACGGCUGGACAACCACACGCAGAGGUGAUUUUUCCAUAUUUUUAAAGUAUUUGUGACCACCCAGCAGGAAAAAACACGUUAGAUAUCGGCAGUGUCAAAAUGACUACGCGCAACGCGGGCACCCACGGGUCAGUGGGGCCCAACGAUGAGGUCAUGCCGUACAGCGAUGAUGAGACAGACGAUGAGCUGGAUGUGAGCACGGACGAGGAAGAGGAGCCGGUGCCAGGGGCCCCGCCUCCCCCCGUGGAAAUUAGACCAAGUGAGGUUGGUUGGAAAGUGAAAGCCAAUGACCGAGCUUACCAUCACCUGCCAGAAUUUGACAAAAAAGUAUUCCUGUGCUUCAAGAAGAGCAGAUACUCAGGCAAUGUCAUCAAGACGUACAAAUACAACGUCUUCACAUUCCUUCCCCUCAACUUGUACGAACAGUUUAAGAGAGUCGCCAACAUCUACUUCUUGGCUCUGCUCAUUCUUCAGUGUAUUCCGGCCAUUACGACUCUGCCUUGGUACACCACUCUGAUUCCUCUGGUCGUGGUUCUGGGAGUAACUGCCGUCAAAGACCUGGUGGACGAUCUUGCUCGACACAGGAUGGACAAGGAGAUUAAUAAUAGGAAAUGUGAGGUCCUGCUGGACGGCAGGUUUCAAGAGUCAAAAUGGAGACACAUCGAGGUCGGGGACGUCAUUCGUCUGAAGAAAAAUGAUUUUAUUCCGGCGGACAUGUUGUGGACAUGUUGCUGUUAUCGAGCUCAAACCCAAACAGCCUGUGCUAUGUGGAAACAGCGGAGCUUGAUGGGUGAGUAUUAUUGUAUUUUUUUAUUAAAAAAGCAAAAACAAAUGCUUCUGUGUGUCCUCCUGAUCCUGGUGGCAGCAGGACUUGCCAUUGGUCACAGCUUCUGGUACGAGGAAGUCGGGUCCAACGCCUGGUAUCUGUAUGACGGAAGAGAGGACAGCACCUCCUACAGAGGAUUCCUCAGCUUCUGGGGCUACCUCAUUGUUCUCAACACCAUGGUGCCUAUUUCACUCUAUGUCAGCGUGGAGGUAAUCCGUCUCGGCCAGAGUAAGUUCAUCAACUGGGACCUGCAGAUGUACUAUGCAGAGAAAGACACACCAGCAAAGGCUCGAACCACCACCCUGAAUGAGCAGCUUGGACAGAUCGAAUACAUCUUCUCAGACAAGACGGGAACGCUGACACAAAACAUCAUGCAGUUCAAAAAGUGCACUAUCGCCGGGCACAGCUACGGUGACCCAACCACCGCUGAAGGAGUGCGUCUGGACCGCGGAAAGCCAGUGGACUGGAGCUGGAAUCGCGAUGCGGACAAAAAGUUCCAAUUCAUGGACAAUUCCCUUGUUGCCUGUUUGCGGUCCAAGAAGGAUAAAGAGGCCAUGGACUUCUUCAGACUCCUCUCCCUUUGUCACACUGUCAUGGUGGAAAGCAAGGAGGGCGAACUGGUGUACCAAGCGGCGUCACCGGAUGAAGGCGCACUCGUGACGGCAGCUCGGAACUUCGGCUUUGUCUUUCUUUCCCGAACGCAGGACACGAUCACCAUCCGGGAGAUGGAACAAGAGAAAACCUACGAGAUGUUGGCGCUACUCGACUUCAACUCAGACCGCAAACGCAUGUCCAUCAUCUUGAAGUUUCCAGAUGGUCGAAUCCGUCUCUACUGCAAAGGAGCCGACACGGUCAUCUACCAGCGACUUUCACCCAAUUCCAAGCACAGGGAGUCGACGCAAUCUGCUUUGGAUAAAUUUGCCAACGAGACCUUGCGAACACUGUGCUUGUGCUACAAAGACAUCAGCAGCAGCGAGUAUGAGGCCUGGUCCAGGAAACACAUGGAUGCUCAGGUGACCAUGGUCAACAGAGAGGCUGCCCUCGAUCAAGUGUACGAAAUGAUUGAGAAAAACCUCAUGCUGAUUGGAGCAACGGCCAUCGAAGACAAACUGCAAGAAGGAGUACCAGAAACCAUCGCCAAACUGGCCAAGGCUGACAUCAAGAUCUGGGUUUUGACUGGAGAUAAGAAAGAAACUGCGGAGAACAUUGGAUUUUCCUGCUCCCUUUUGACGGAAGACAUGCACCUUCACUAUGGAGAGGACGUCAAUGAGAAGCUGAGCCUCCGUCAGGCUAAGAGGAGACGUGAGCCUCCGACUGAGAGCCGAGGAAAAAAGAAACCCGCAGAGCCAUUUUUCCCUGAACCAGGCAAAAAUGCACUCAUUAUCACUGGAGGAUGGCUGAACGAGAUUCUGUAUGAAAAGAAGAAGAAACGCCGCCGUUUGCGUCUUCGUCGUCUGGGAAAGCGACCGCCUCCCACCAACCCUCAGGAUGGACAGCCAAUGAACGAGUGGGAGAAAGAGAUGAGACAGAUCGACUUUGUGGACAUGGCCUGCGAGUGUGAAUCAGUGAUUUGCUGUCGCGUCACACCGAAGCAGAAAGCGAAUGUGGUCAGUUUGGUGAAGAAGUAUAAGAAGGCGGUGACGUUGUCCAUCGGCGAUGGGGCCAACGAUGUCAACAUGAUCAAGACCGCAGACAUUGGCGUUGGCAUCAGCGGUCAAGAGGGGAUGCAGGCUGUGAUGUCCAGCGACUUCGCUUUUGCUCAGUUCCGUUAUUUGCAACGACUCCUGCUCGUGCACGGGCGCUGGUCUUACAUCAGAAUGUGCAAGUUUCUUCGCUUCUUCUUCUUCAAGAACUUUGCCUUCACAUUGGUCCAUUUCUGGUACUCUUUCUUCAGCGGAUACUCGGCACAGGUGGCCUAUGAGGACUGGUUCAUCACGCUCUACAAUCUUUUUUACAGCAGCUUACCUGUUCUUCUCGUUGGACUGCUUGACCAGGACGUGAAUGACAGACUGAGCCUCAAAUUUCCCAAGCUAUAUCUGCCGGGUCAGCAGGGGCUGCUGUUCAACUACAAGAACUUCUUCAUCAGCUUGUUCCAUGGCAUCUUCGUCUCCCUCAUUAUCUUCUUCAUUCCUUACGGGGCAUUCCUGCAAACAAUGGGGCAAGAUGGAGAAGCCCCCUCGGAUUACCAGUCUUUCGCCGUUGUCACCGCCUCCUCGCUGAUUUUCACUGUCAACCUUCAGAUCUCCCUGGAUACCUCCUACUGGACCUUUGUCAACUGUUUUGCCGUUUUGGGAAGCAUAGCCAUCUACUUCGGCAUUAUGUUUGACCUGCACAGUGCUGGAAUUCACGUCAUCUUUCCACGCCAUUUUACCUUCACAGGGGCAGCAGCAAAUGCUCUCCGCCAGCCUUACUUGUGGUUAACCAUCAUCCUCACGGUGGGAAUCAGCCUACUGCCUGUCAUCUGCAUCCAGUUCCUCCAUAAAAUCAUCUUUCCUUCCAUAGGAGACAAGAUCCAGAGAAACAGGAAGAGGUAUGAAUUGGAAAUGCAACAGGAGGCGAGGAAAAGAGCACCAGCGUUCCAACGCGGCCUGCGUUCCCGCCGCUCUGGAUACGCCUUCUCCCAUUCCAGAGGCUUUGCAGAACUCAUUGCUUCUGGCCGGAGCAUUCGGAGGCGCCCACUGUCCCGGAUUGGACACCACAGCAGCAUCAGGGAGGUUUCCGAAAGAGCUGAGAACAUUUGAUGGUUGGAGAACUGGAGACUGGUGAACUGACACUGUGGUCGGAUUCCCUGUUUUGGAAACACCAACUCAAGGGGACCAAUCAGCUGAGGUGCUCAAGAUUGGUAACUCGGCAGAGAAAUGACGUUAUCAAAGUUGAGGGAUAUUUUCAAAUCAUGGUUGAAGUGCUUUUGAAAGUGACAGAAGAACUGAGGCACUUGUUUAUCCGUCUAUGCAAAGACUCGAUUAUGCAAAACCAAAGAGAAACUGACAUUUUUGGUCAUGCGCCGUGGCUCAUGAUGUCAUUUAUUUAACUCAGGGUUUUUAAUAUAAAACAAACAAAAAAAGCUUUAUUUUUUAAAAGGCUAGUUGACCCCACCAAGGCCAACUUUCCCUCCUCUCCACACCACUGCAACUUGCAUCAUGUGUGGCUUCAGGUCCAUCGUGCACUUGAAAUUAAUAUUUUCUAUUGUAUUUUAUCGCUGUCAUUUCUAAUUACAUUGAUCCAUCCUUUUUUUUUUCCAGUCGAAAUUCAAAACAGAUCCCCUUUUCUUUUAAACACACUUUUAAAGUUUUAUUUUGAAUAAAGGAGGGAUGUUACGAUGUCAGCGUAUGCGAAGCGGCUUGCGGUAAAGUGUGUCAUUAAAUAUAAAAGGUGAAGUGAAUAUUGUUUCCCCUCUCCUGAAUCAGGUGGCCAAAGACAGCUUAUUGCAGUGACUUAUUUUGUCAAUUCAAUUUUGUUUCAACCAAAAUCUUUCAAUACCGUUUUUAUCCCAAAUUGUUUGCCUUAAAAAAAAAAUCCCUCACCCAAUCCUGACGAUAAAUUAUCUUGAUCAUCUUUCCUUGUUUCAUUUUUUUCCCAGCUUUUACAUCUUUGUAUCCGUAUGCAUGUAAAUAUACAAAUAUUUGUUUACAUCAAAAUGUCAUUUCGUUCACCCGACAAUUUAUUUAUCAGUCUGCCACACACUUUUAAGACAAAACACAGACUUUGUUGUUCUUUCCUUCUAUUCAGAUGCGUUUUUAUGACUAGAAUAGAGGCAGUGGACCCAGAAAUGUUCAUGUGGUUGUUGGGUGGAGUUGAUGACAUUUUAUCAUAGCGUUGUUAAUAAAAGCCAAGGGUAUAUGUAUCAA